AUUCUAAAUCUGCUUCAGGUUGAUCCGCUAAGAGGAUACAGGAGUGAGGCGACCGUCGCCUUGCCUCGCGAUGUUACUACCUCGAUCAAUAUAGUUCGAUUCGAGAAUCCGCCACAAUGUCAGACACAACGCUUCAUUCCUGGGAGUACCUGGAAACCCUUCCAGGCGUUCAGUUCUAUCGCCUGUACAGGAGUCCGUCGUCGGCCCUGGCAAUCUUCCGGAAACGGCUGUCAAGCUUGGCCAAGUCUUUCGUCAUGACCUUACUUUACAUGCCUGGGCCCAUGACCGCAAAACAACUCGAGAUGUUUGUGCAGGAUUCCAGCCGCGGAGAACGAGAAUACGCAGUUGAUCUGCUACGUCGUUACCACAUCUUCAAAGACACCACCGUCGGAACUGCCAAGGCAUACACUCUUACCGAGGCAUUUGCCAAAUCGCUGCGUCGUGCGCUGACUGGAGCUGGAGACAAGACAUCUUUCGGCCAACUGGCCACCGUUGCCCAGAACCAAAAAGUGUCCAUUGCCGAACUCGAUGAAUACUCGCGCCAGAGAUGGGAAGGUAUUUUGGGUUACAUGGUGGGGUCAUCGUCCAACGCCAUGGAUUCAGACCAAGUCGCAGUUGAUCCAUCACCUGGAGUGAUCGAGCUCCUUAGAGUGGGGCAUCUCAUCGAACUCUCUGGCACAGCGAGGACGGGAACAUCGGCCAAAAUCACAAAGGAAGGCUUUGCAUUUGUCCUGCAGGACAUCAACACUCAGAUCUGGGCAUUAUUGUUCCUCUACGUUGACAACGCCGAGGUUUUCGACAUGGACAAGGUCGACGUAUUGUCAUUUUUCUUCUUGAUUUCCUCACUCGAACUCGGCCUGGCAUACACUACAUCAGGUUUAGACGAGACGCAGUUACGAUGUCUGACAGACCUGGCGUCUCUGGGUAUAGUCUACCAACCAACUCUGGACGACGGCAACCCCGUUGACUACUUCUACCCGACUCGACUAGCCGCAACCUUGACCUCCGAUUCGGCUGCAGCGCUCAGCGCGACCAACAGCGCCAUUGGAUCCUCACUUUCCACCACCAACACAUCAACAUCAUCCUCUGGAUCCGGCUCCGGCGGCCGAGGCUUCAUCAUCGUCGAGACCAACUACCGAGUCUACGCAUACACAUCAUCACCAUUGCAGAUCGCACUCCUUUCCCUCUUCGUCAACCUCCGGUCGCGACACCCUAACCUGGUAACCGGCAAGAUGAGCAAGAGCUCCGUCCAACGAGCAGUCAGGGCCGGCAUCACCGCCGAGCAAAUAAUCUCAUACCUGACAGCGCACGCGCACCCACAAAUGCGACGACACGCACAGGCCGAACAUGCAGCCCAACAAGCCCGCGACUCAUCCCGCGCUGGCUCCUCGCUAUCCAUCCUACCCGCCACUAUCCUCGAUCAAAUCCAUCUAUGGCAACUAGAACGCGAUCGAAUGACCACAACACUCGGUUUUUUGCUCAAGGAUUUCCCUAACCAUGCCGAUUACGAUGCGCCCUGUCGGUAUGCCGACGAGGUUGGCGUGCUUGUUUGGAAAAAUGACAAGAAACGUAUCUUCUUCGUCAAUCGCAUCGACGCAGUACGUACUUUCAUGGCUGAAAGAAAGGCAAAUUCCCAGGGUUAGGAGCCACGUCGAACUGGUUGGACGCCUGGUUGGUAGUAAUUGGUACGAUUGGUACGGGGGUACUAUCAUUAUCAUCAUUGUCCAUCAUAGAUUCGGCCUGGCUAUCUAUCUAGAUACCUAUUCAACCUCCGCCCUCAGCUUGGUAUCCAUGGGUGCUUAAUUGGUUCUGGGAACGAUUCAACUCCAUCAACGGGAGACUGAUAUAGAAGUCUUUCUCUUUGGUUCUUGGUAAACCUGUAAUUCUAGAAAACUUCGGCAGUGCUAUUACCAUGCGAAGCUAUGCCUGAAAAAUCAAAGGAGUUAUUUAAAGUCGUUUCCAAAAACAUCAUCA